AUGGAAGUCUUCUGCCGAAAUGUUCCUCUUGACUUAUCAGAGGAUGACUUCAAGCGGGAACUUCUUCCCUUGAUGAAAGCCCUCAACAUUUCAGAUUUCUACUGCGAAAAGCCCAAACGUAGAAGACAAGCAUGGAUCAAGUUCCUCAACGCCCAAGAUGGAAGGGCAUUUCUCGCCCGGCAUGGCAAGCAAAGACCUCAGAUUGAUCUUAGCAAAGAGAACAUCAACCCAAAUAAUUUGUUCAGGUUCAACUCAAGUAUCUUUCGGUCAAUUCCAAGAGAUAUAGCGCGUCUUUACAUUCUCAAGGUCGCUGUGUUCGCGGAGCAAAGCACAAGGCCUGUGGACAAACAUGCCAUUGCGCACCUCAAACAUGAACGCGAAAAGAAGAAAAAGGUUACUACCAAUGCGAACAACAAAGAUCGUCGCGCCCCAGACAAGGUUUUCAGCGUUACCGGUAUCAGCUGCGGUGGUAAUACCUUCUGUGGCCAAGAUGAAGUGUUGACAUUUGUUGACCACAAGAAAUUGGUUCUUCCCAAGAAGAUCGUCGGAAAACUCACACCCCAGUGGAUCACAAUCCAGACCCCGUUUGAAAAUCGGAUGGACUUUUAUAACGAGACUAUCCAGGACCUUAUUGCUACCCGUAGUGAUAUGUCCCUCACAUUGGUCUUGACGGAACCGCCGAAGAUGUACAUGUAUCGCCCCUUAUCAGAGCGUUCGAGUCAGGAAUGGAGCCGAGUAGAGGAACUGGUAAUUUGGGGCUUGGCUCGUGAUUGUUCUUCAUCUUGUCUCGUAUAUCGCAUAUAUCUCUACGAUAUACCUUCGUUCGACGAAGUCUUGAGAUCACUGAGGAACAAGGACAUUCUCGCCAUCACCAACCACGACUUACCAUCUGUUGGAUGCCAUGACAUGGGAAUAGAAAGCAAUCAAUUUCUUGGACGACGAACCUUUAUCGAGAAGUCUGAGAACCUUCUCACCUCCGGUAAGGUGCACUUCGCUCUUCUAUUCCAGGUUCAGGCUCUCGUCUGGAGCAACUUUAUCAAUCCAGCCAGUGGUAUAAAGCUUCUCGACUUGUUGGGCCGUGUUAUAGAGGAUCAUAAAGAGCAUGAAGUAGCGAUUCCUAUCACAACAAAUGCCAUGAAGAAACUCUUCCAGACAAUUACAUACCCUCGUCCUGGUACGGAGCCCAAGGAGCUAGACGUGUUGAGUAUCAUGGCCAGCAUCAUGGAAACUGAGUAUGAAGCUCGCAAAGACAACCCUGAAAGAGACCGAAUUUAUGGAGGCAAGUUACCAUCAAACCAAAUCUGGGUCUUCAAAGCUCUGAUCACACCUACACGAUUGCUUCUCGCUGGACCAGAACCAGAGAGUAAGAACAGAGUGCUACGAAAAUACUCAGACUACAAUGAUCAUUUCCUCCGCGUCAUUUUCUGCGAAGAAGACGGCCAGGAGGUGAGGUUCCAUCCCAAAGUGGACAACGAGUCAAUAUAUUCUCGCUUUCGACGCAUAAUGGAUGACGGCAUUCAAAUCGCGGGACGGAGGUAUCAUUUUCUUGGAUUCUCUCAUUCCUCUCUCCGUUCACACUCUGCCUGGUUCUUGGCACCUUUUACCGAUCAAAACUCUCAACUACACAGACCGGAAGUCAUCUUAAAGGCUCUUGGAGACUUCACAGACAUUCGUGUCCCAGCAAAAUGCGCGGCACGUAUUGGCCAAGCAUUCUCAGAGACACCUUACGCAGUGCCGAUCUUUGAGAACAAUAUCGUCCCGCGAUUCAUCCACGACAUCAAGUCUGCAGAUGGAUCCCGUGUCUUCAGUGACGGAGUGGGGACAAUUUCCCAGAAAGCGCUGGAAGAAAUCUGGCCUUAUCUUUCUAUGAAGUCUGCGGCGCCGACAUGUCUUCAGGUUCGUUGGGGUGGUUGUAAGGGAAUGCUGUCUUUGGACACCACACUUGAGGGGAAGGUGUUCUGCAUUCGAAAGGAAUCCAUGAUGAAAUUCCGAAGUGAGGAUAUCAGAGAGCUCGGCAUUUGUGACACUGCAUCUAAACCACUGCGACUGGUUCUUAACCGCCAAAUGAUCAAAAUCCUAGAAGACAUGGGUAUCAAAGAUGAAUGGUUCUUCGGGCUUCAGAACAACGCACUUGACAUCCUACGCAACGUCACAGCUGACGCAACAAACACGAGCUCCUUUCUGGAACAUCAGGCAAUUGGUAUAAACAUGGGCCUCCCCAGGCUGGUCAAGCAACUUGAGACAAUGGAUAUUGACUAUCGCCGCGACAAGUUCCUCAAGGCUGCUGUCGAGCACGUCGUCCUGCGAGAACUUCGUUUGCUAAAGCACAAAGCUCGAAUUCCUGUCGACAACGGAGUGACACUUUUUGGUAUUAUGGAUGAAACGGGAUUUCUUAACGAGGGCGAAGUAUAUAUUACAUACGACAAGACUUAUGGCAGAGGUAACGGUCGAGGCAUCAAGUCUACAUUGAAAGAUGGCAGGGUUAUAGUCACUCGCUCACCAGCUCUUCAUCCUGGAGAUAUUCAGCUUGCCAAACAAGUCACUCCGCCACAGGACCACCCCUUGCGAAGUCUUCAGAACUGCAUCGCAUUCAGCCAGAAGGGUAAGCGUGACUUGCCAAGUAUGCUGAGUGGAGGAGACCUCGAUGGAGACAUCUACAACAUUAUAUGGGAUCCUGAAGCAAACCCGUUGAGAAUAUUUUCACCAGCAGAUUAUCCAAGAGUCACCCCUAAACCUCUGGAUCGUCAAGUCGAAUCUAAGGAUAUUGCCGAUUUCUUUAUCAACUUUAUGCGGACUGACAUUCUAGGAGUGAUUGCGACUCGACACGUCAUCUUGGCUGAUUAUUAUGAUGAGGGAGCUACUCACUCUGAUUGCGUCGCCUUGGCAGAACUGCACUCCACGGCUGUUGACUUUUCCAAGACGGGUAUCCCUGUUGAUAUCAAAACCUUGCCUAGAAACCCGCGUUUUCGCCCUGACUUUCUCGCAAUAGCACCACCUCUGAAAUUGUAUGACAAGGGACAGUUGGCGCACAUUGUGGAUGAGGACGAGCUCGAUAACGAUGACGUUAUGGCGCGUUCCAAAUUCAAUCACUACCAAUCCAACAAGAUUCUUGGUCAUCUCUACCGAAACGUCGACGAGAAAAGAAUCUGGGAUGAGGACAUUCACCGCCGUAUCAACACUGCUGGACCAUCUGUUUGGGAUCAGCUUUUGAUUAUUGUGGAAAAUGAAGUCAUCAAGUAUAAGCUCGAUAUCAAGUGGACACGCCAGUCAACAGAAGCCUGGAAGAUACGCGGCCUGUAUGAAUCGACAAUAAUGGACAAGAUGUGGGACUUUUCAGAGAAUCCCCGUGUACCGUUGACAGAGGUCGAGGUAUUCUGCGGCUUUAUCCUCAACAAGAGAGGUGCUCAGACCUGCCGCCAGGGGGAUGCAUCUAUCAAGCUCAAGGAAGAGAUUGACAGCACCAUGGCGUGGAUUAUCAAGCUGAUUCGGGAUCGAAGCGUAGGCGAUGGCGCAGAGACUCUCAGUACAGUGACCGAAACAGAUGCAGCCACAUCGAGGUGGAGAGAAGAUGCCAUCGAGCUAUGCUGGGCGUGUGUGGCUGUUUCCUGUAUCGAGAAGGAAAAUGCACCUGAUGUAUACCACGGCGAUGGCGAGCUAGAGAGCUUCCGUAUUGUGGCUGCCAGCUGCCUGGUCAAAGAGCUUAACAGCCUAGCUCGGAAGAUGGAAACCGUUGCCGGAAGAGGAUUCAUCGGUGUUGGACGUGGUGGACGAAGUGGGUGGGGCGGACGGGGCGGACGGGGCGGACGGGGCGGAAAGAAUAUGACGCUUCCGAUACGAUGA